GCUGAGUAUUUUCUCCACUGAUCAACUGUUCGAAUCGAAGACGUUAUGAGAAUCGAGUCUAGUCUUGCUUAAAUUUGUAACUCCUCUACUUAUAAAUUAGCUAGGAUUUACUGGCCAUCGCCCCAAUGAAUGGAUUAUCGUUUUCAGAGAUCUGUUGCUUGUUUUGUUGUCCACCAUGUCCGUCGAAAAUCGCAGCGAAGUUGGCAUUUUUACCUCCGGAACCAACAUACUCGCUGCAAGAUUUGAGCGAAGGUGGUCAAGCUUUGCAUCUUAGCGAGAAAUCAGAAUGGCAAUACGGACAAAAAGAACUUGAUAGCAUCGAGGCAUUCACCACUAAGACCAACCGAGGCAAUCACAUCGGCUGUAUGUUUAUACGCUGCUCUCCGAAUGCCCGUUUUACGUUGCUGUUCAGUCACGGAAACGCUGUCGACCUGGGGCAAAUGUCCAGCUUUUACGUUGGGCUUGGUACUAGGAUUAAUUGCAAUAUAUUUUCUUAUGAUUAUUCCGGGUACGGAGUAAGUACAGGAAAGCCGUCUGAGAAGAAUUUAUACAGUGAUAUUGACGCAGCGUGGAACGCUCUGCGAACAAGAUAUGGAAUAAGUCCCGAGAACAUCGUACUUUACGGACAGAGCAUAGGAACAGUUCCCACGAUCGACUUGGCUUCAAGGUUUGAAUGUGGAGGAGUUAUUCUACAUUCGCCGCUAACUUCGGGGAUGAGAGUUGCUUUCCCUGAGACUAAACGAACCUGGUGUUUUGAUGCGUUCCCAAGUAUUGAGAAAGUUUCCAAAAUAGUGUCUCCAGUGCUUGUUGUCCAUGGUACUGAAGAUGAAGUCAUAGAUUUUUCACAUGGACUUGCGAUCUAUGAACGCUGCCCUCGAGCUGUUGACCCACUCUGGGUGGAAGGGGCAGGCCACAAUGAUGUUGAACUCUAUGGACAAUACCUAGAGCGCCUGAAACAAUUUAUACAGCAUGAGCUCAUUCACAAUUGACAGGGCUUUUGCCUUUAGCAAAUGGUAGCAAAUGACAUACAUACUGUAGAACAACAUGCCAUCAUGUCAAAUGACACUUAAAAAACGAUCAUCCUACAGUAUCAGUAGUGACAGGCAAGCUCUACUGAUUUUUAUGUGUAUCUUCUUGUUUCACUUACUUACAACAUACUCUGUACACUUGACAAUACAACUCUUGGUGUGAGGCUCUGGUAAAGGGGAUUUAAUAAGUUAUCCUCGAACAGUCACAAGUAACAAAUUUAGAGGAAUCAUCAAAGCAUCCCAUUUGCCAACUAACCUGGCAGUAUUUAUGAUCACCUCAUUUAAACAGUUUAAGCCUAAACUUCAGGUAUAUCCAUGAAUUCCAGUUUCCUGCGCAGCCGUCAGACACAAGGACGGAUGCGCAAGAGACUACAUGAAGUCUUGAUAGAUAAUUUGACUCACUUGCUUACUAUAUCAACAUAUUGUAUGAGAUUAUACAGACAUUAAGUGAAUGCAAUUAUGCCCAAAUAACCAGGGUUUGAUUUUUAAAUCCUCACCUGGCACAUACAGUAGCCUGUGCUAACCACCACUCGCUAUGAACUGGCUUACUGUAAUGAAGGUAAUCUAGAAUGUAUUGGUAAGCUGGUAUUUGUGGAAAAAAAGACUUGCAUACCCAGAUUGUCAUUACGUACUUUCUUACUUUAUAUUUUAUAUCUAAACCCAGGAGAAUAACUAAUGACAUUAAAACGGGGGGACUUGAAUAAUUUUAACCAGAGCCUCUCAUUUAAACAAACCCUUUACAGCUUCUUUCUUAACUCUGACAUUUUAACACAAAAUGCUCAAUUAUACUUGCUCUGUCUAAAACACAUCAUAACUUUUAAAGGUACAUCUUUUUGGGACUUUCACUUUUAUAUAGAAACCAUUGAAAGCAACAAGUUGAACAACUGAUAGAUCCUUCAUCUAUAUUACCAAAUGUGGCCUCUAACAGGAAACAUACUAUUAUUUCAUGAAUUCGAUUUUCCUGUGAAAGGUCCCAUCCAAACAUAUUGCGAAAAAAUUCUUAUAGUAAGCUGUAUAAUAUAGCUAUUUGCACAGACACUUAGCCAGGGUUUUCAGGGAGGAGGCAGGGGCGGGGCAGAGAGUGCACACACAGAUAUCAGGUAAAAAGUCAUAGGUACAGCAAUUUGUCAUUGAGAGUCAGCGCAGGGUGUGUAUGCCAAAUUCCAAAACCUUCAGUACUUUUAUGGCUGUAGCUGACAGAAAGCAGGGAAGUGGAUAUAUAAUGCACCAGAGCAUGGCUACCUAGAAAUUAUGCCAUGUCAUAUCUUAAAUUUGACUCUCAAAUAUAGAAACACAAGAAAUCACUAACCCCCCCCCGUGUACACGGCUGCUCUUGCUGUAACUGGGAUAACAUACAAAAUCUGGCUAUGCCCUGGUGCACUUCCUGAAGCCCACAAAUAAAUAGUAGAAACUGUCUGAUUAUGUAUUGUACUUUCCAGGAAACAAUCAUAUUUUGAAAUUGUUCAAUCACAAUGGUUGUAUUCCAGUUCAGAAUAAAGUGUAAUUUUAAGAUGUAAAAUUUAACAUUAAGGGAAAUUCCUGGAAUAUACAGUACACUUAAUUAGAUCAUUUGAUUUUAUUUGGCCAUUAUAUCUUGUUUUGUGGCUUGAAAGAAACUUCAGACAUAAUUGCACAAUAAUUAAAUAAUAACCACCUACUUUUGCAACAUUUUAAUUUUGCUCAAAUUAUUAAUGUGUGUGCUUUUCUUCAGCAACACAACAUAUGACAGCUUGAAUUUAUUUGUGAUUUCUUUCUGUUAGAAAUGAUUUGUACAGAGAUACACUAGUUGGUAUAAUGUAUAUCAAAGAGAUUGUAAAGUAAGCAAGCAAAUAAAAGUGGGAUUGUUGUCAA